UAAUGUGGGGGCACGGAGCUGAGAGGCCGGGGGCGGGCUAAGCCUGGGGAGGGCGGGUCCCAGGACCCGGGUGAGGGUUCCACACCUGGCCUUCAGGGGUCAAGACGCAGGCACCCACGCCAAAGGGGAGCAAAGCCGGGCUCGGCCCGAGGCCCCCAGGACCUCCAUCUCCCAAUGCCGGAGAUUUAACCUGCUAUGUGCCGGGCCCUGUGCUAGAAGCUGAGGAUUCAAGAUGGACAAGGUUCCCUCCCAGGAAUCCGCCACGUGACAGUCGGACCGCCCUCUCAGACUAGAGGAGCCCGUUUAGCGCCAUGGCUCCCAAGAAGCCGCUCCGCCUUCCUGUCCUGCUGUUACCACUUCUGACGCUGCUGCCCCAGGCAGACACUCGGUCGUUCGUAGUGGAUCGGGAAAAUGACAGAUUCCUCCUAGAUGGGGCCCCGUUCCGCUACGUGUCUGGCAGCCUGCACUACUUUCGGGUACCACGGGUGCUUUGGGCAGACCGGCUUUUCAAGAUGCGAAUGAGUGGCCUCAACACUGUACAGUUUUAUGUGCCCUGGAACUACCAUGAGCCAGAGCCUGGGGUCUAUAACUUUAAUGGCAGCCGGGACCUCUUUGCAUUUCUGAAUGAGGCAUCUGUAGCGAACCUGUUGGUCAUACUGAGACCAGGACCUUACAUCUGUGCAGAAUGGGACAUGGGGGGUCUCCCAGCCUGGUUGCUUCAAAAACCUGAUAUACAUCUGAGAACCUCAGACCCAGACUUUCUUGCCGCAGUGGACUCCUGGUUCAAGGUCUUGCUGCCCAAGUUAUAUCCAUGGCUCUACCACAAUGGGGGCAACAUCAUUAGCAUUCAGGUGGAAAAUGAAUAUGGUAGCUACAGAGCCUGUGACCUCAGCUACAUGAGGCACCUGGCUGGGCUCUUCCGUGCACUGCUAGGAGACAGGAUCUUGCUCUUUACCACAGAUGGGCCUGAAGGACUCAAAUGUGGCUCCCUCCAGGGACUCUAUACCACUGUGGAUUUUGGCCCAGCUGACAACAUGACCAAAAUCUUUGCCCUGCUGCGGAAGUAUGAACCCCGUGGGCCACUGGUGAACUCCGAGUACUACACAGGCUGGCUGGAUUACUGGGGCCAGAAUCACUCCACGCGGUCCGUGUUGGCUGUGACCACAGGCCUAGAGAACAUGCUGAAGCUGGGAGCCAGUGUGAACAUGUACAUGUUCCACGGAGGUACCAACUUUGGAUUCUGGAAUGGUGCUGAUGAGAAGGGACGCUUUCUUCCAAUUACUACCAGCUAUGACUACGAUGCACCAAUAUCUGAAGCAGGGGACCCCACACCUAAGCUUUUUGCUCUUCGAAACGUCAUCAGCGAGUUCCAGGAAAUUCCCUUGGGACCUUUACCUCCCCCCAGCCCCAAGAUGAUGUUUGGACCUCUGACCCUGCAUCUGGAUGGGGAUUUGCUGGCUUUCCUAGACUUCCUGUGCCCCCAAGGGCCCAUCCGUUCAAUCUUGCCAAUGUCCUUUGAGGCUGUCAAACAGGACCGUGGCUUUGUGUUGUACCGGACCUAUCUGACCUAUACUGUUUCUGAGCCAACACAGUUCUGGGUGCCUAACAAUGGAGUCCACGACCGUGCCUAUGUGAUGGUAGAUGGGGUGUUUCAGGGUGUUCUGGAACGAAACAUGAAACACCAACUAUUUUUGAUGGGGAAAGUAGGGGCCAAAGUGGACAUCUUACUGGAGAACAUGGGGAGGCUCAGUUUCGGGUCUAACAGCAGUGACUUCAAGGGCCUGUUAGAACCCCCAAUUCUGGGGCAAACAGUCCUCACCCAGUGGCUGAUGUUCCCUCUGAAAGUUGAUAAGCUUGUAAAGUGGUGGUUUCCCCUCCAGUUGAUGAAAAGGUCACGUCCUCAAGUUCCCUCUGGCCCCACCUUCUACUCCACAACAUUUCCAAUUUUAGGAGAAGGCGGGGACACUUUUCUCUUUCUACCUGGAUGGACCAAGGGCCAAGUCUGGAUCAACGGGUUUAACUUGGGCCGGUACUGGACAAAGCGGGGGCCACAAGAGACCCUCUAUGUGCCAAGACCCCUGCUGCUUUCUGGGGGAGCCCUCAACAAAAUCACAGUGCUGGAGCUAGAAAACGUGCCUCCUCAGCCCCAAAUCCAGUUUCUGGAUAGGCCUAUCCUCAACAGCACCUUGCAUAAGACAUACAUCUAUUCCCUCUCAGCUGAUACACAAAGUGCCUUUGAACCAAUGGAGUUAAGUGGGCACUGAAAGAAAGGUAACCCUUGGACCUGGGACAUGGAGUGGGCAGGAUCCCUUGGUGCUGGCCAUGGUGACCACAAGGAACCAAAGGCCACAAGGCCCAAAUGCAAGUCCAAGUGCAAUUUCCUUGCCAAACUUUAUUGUGAUUAAAGUUCCAGAGACAGUCCCAGCUCCGCACCCCUCUGUGGCCCUGUCUUUGCCCUGGUUCCUGAGUGUCCUUCCUAAUCUUCCAAAUACUCCUGUUUCACGGGAAAGAAGAAACCUAGGGCUAGUGUGAAUGCACCCUCUCCAGGCCGAGUUGGCUCCAGGUGCAGCCGUAAGAGAUCAGGAAGAGGGCUUGACGGCCUGGCAGCGGUGAUCCCGGAGGCAGCGUGUGGAGCAGAAAGAGAAGUCAAGAUAGUGAAAGGGAGUGAGGCCUUGGAGGGAUGUCCCACAGCUCCAGCAGCGUCUGGACAAGAGGAAGACAGAUGGCUGAACAGGUACCCCAGAAACUUUCCAAUCCAAGCUCUCCCCACCCCUCGGGCCAUUUCCGGUUUUGCUCCAGAGGGUUCCCAGAACAUCUCCAGCACCCCCCACCCCCGACAACCUUUCUGAGGUACUCGGCAGCACUCAUUCUACUUGCCCACUCCUGGCCUGGUCAUCACGCCUGCCCCUGCACUUACGGACCACUGAGGGCUGCAGAGCUGGGGGUCUGCGGGGGUGGGGCUCCCAGCUGGGCAGCCAGCCGGCGCUCUGCGGCCAGAGCCCUCUGAGGGAAAGAGAAGUCUUGUUAAGGACAAGGGCUCAGUGGCGGACAGGGUGCCCAAGGGACAGCUGCACACUGGGAAGGGGUCAAACCUCUAAGGAAAUCGGGGCUGCGGAAGAGAGAAGCUCCGGCCUCACCUUCUCUCGGUCGCUGAGGGCGGCAAAGCGCUGCUGCUCUUGGUGCUCCUUCUCCUCCUGCUCCCACUGCUUCCGCUGCCGUUCCUCCCGCUGCCGCCGGGCAGCCUUCUGCUCCCUUUUCCGCAUAGCCUGCCGUGCCUCCAUUUCUGGCGUCAGUGGCCCUGGCACCUGGAGGAUUUCCGGGGAGGUGUAAGCUGACCUGAGCCUUGCUGUAAUCGUAAGCAUCUGGAUUCUUCUCCAUGAACCUUCGGAACUCAUUACGCGUUGGCUUGUCAGCUGCAACCGUAUAUGGUGGCCGGGCCCGGGAGUCCCUAGGUGUGAAAAGCCCCAAAUAUGGGUUCAGCUUGCCUCCUGCAUCUCCCAACCUCACCCGAACAGAUCAAGGGGAAUACCGUCAAGUAGCCAGUACCAACGUUAGCCUCCAGACGGUCCUCUCUAUACCCCAAAGGGCUCACUCAGCUUGGGGACUCUUACUUACUGCACGGUAGGGUCGGCACCUGCCUCCAGCAGCAGGCGAACCACUGAGCCUCUCCCAGCUGCAGCUGCUGCAUGCAGGAGGGUGAAGCCACUGGAGCCCAAGGGGGCACUGAGCAGAGACAGAACUCCAGGGCCUAUGGGGCCGGCAGCUAGCUGGAGUUUCAACAUCCCAACAUCUCCGGCUCGACAAGCAGCUAGAAGCAUGUCCCAGAGCUCUGACUGAUCGGGGGUCCUGGCCUCAUCCAGGGAAGGCCCCAAAGGGGCUGCGUGUGCCUGGGCGGACUGUGAGAAGGCCUCAUCAUCUCCUUGAGGUUGCUGGGGAGAAGUCCCAUGCGCCCCGGCCUCCAGGUCUCUGCUUCUCUCCUUCUUAUUCCUUUUCCUCCUCCUCCGCUUUGGCAGUACCUCAAACUCACGAAGAUCCAGGGUCCCCACUGUCAACUCUACUAGCUCCAACUCUACCUGGAAGCUGUCCUCUCCCUCCGACUCUGAACCUAGGGAAAAAUGCUACAUGUUAGGGCCACCUAAAGAAAUACACAGAGGGUGGAAGGAUGUGGGCUGCCCCAGAUGUAUGAGAAUGUACAUAAAAAGAGAAUCCAGAUUGUCUUGAAAUGAAAA